CCGCCGAUGCGAGCGCCGCACCGCCGGCGGCACGAAUGGCGCCUCCUGCCGGGUCCCUCGGCUCAGAGUGCGGCAGGACGGCCCAGUCGCCCCGGCCCGGCAAAUCUGCCAAAGAAAAUCGUGAGCCCAACCGCGAAAUCCCGUGACGCCUCCUCACUUCACCUGUGGCUUGUGUGCAGCACCCGCGCCACGACGCCUUAUCCACACAUCACCCCCGCCCCCUCCCUUUUCCGCGCGCGAGAUGAAGCCAUCCAACGACGCAUCACUCCCUCGCCGCGCGCGCUCCUUCCCGCCGCGCCCGCGCCGAUGCCGUCCGCCGCCUCUUAUCUCCUCGUAAACCCCUCGAAAUCUUUCUCCUUCCACCGCCUCUCGCCCCCGUUCCCGUCCCCGCGUCUCCCCGCCCGCCGGCUCCAUGUCUCCUGCGACGCGCCGCGGGGUAGUAGCAGGAGCGGCGGCGGCGGCGGGAGGCGCGAGGUCAUCCCCGCCGGCGCCAGCAAGGCCAAGAAGCAGAUCGUCUUCUUCGACGCCGCGCCGCCGGUGUCGCAGUCGCAGCAGGGCGGCGACGAGGAGGGGAAGAGGAGGGAGCUGACGAAGGAUGGCAAGGACGCCAACGCGGCGCUGGCGCUGGCGAGGAGGGCGACCAAGCGGACGCUCGCGGUGCUGUCCAACCUCCCGCUCGCCAUCUCCGAGAUGUUCGCCAUCGCCGCCCUCAUGGCCUUAGGCACGGUGAUAGACCAGGGAGAGGCGCCGAGCUACUACUUCGAGAAGUUCCCCGAGGACAACCCGGUGUUCGGCUUCAUCACGUGGAGGUGGAUCCUCACACCCGGGUUCGACCACAUGUUCUCCUCCCCGGUCUUCCUCGGCCUCCUCGCGCUCCUCGCGGCGUCCCUCAUGGCAUGCACCUACACAACCCAGCUCCCCAUGGUCAAGGUCGCAAGAAGAUGGUCGUUCACACAUUCCGGCGAAAGAAUACGGAAGCAGGAGUUUGCAGACUCUCUUCCCCGAGCAUCCAUCCAGGAUUUGGGAGUCAUCUUGAUGGGCGCUGGUUAUGAGGUUUUCACCAAGGGGCCAUCUUUGUAUGCUUUCAAAGGGUUGGCUGGUCGGUACGCGCCUAUCGGCGUGCACUUAGCAAUGCUUUUCAUCAUGGCAGGAGCCACGCUUAGCGCGACAGGAAGCUUUAAAGGCUCGGUGGAUGUCCCCCAGGGUCUGAAUUUCGUCAUAGGAGAUGUGAUGAAACCCAGAGGGGUCCUCUCUGUCGCACCGGACGAUUUCAAUACCGAAGUUCAUGUCAACCGGUUCUACAUGGAGUACUAUGACAGUGGAGAGGUUUCGCAAUUUUAUAGCGAUCUUUCACUUUUCGACCUUGAUGGUAAAGAAGUUAUGAGGAAGACUAUCAAAGUGAAUGAUCCCCUGAGGUACGGAGGGGUCACGAUCUACCAAACGGACUGGGGAUUUUCAGCACUGAGUGUGAAGAAAAAUGGUGAAGGCCCUUUCAAUUUGGCCAUGGCUCCCUUGAAACUGAAUGGCGACAAGAAGCUCUUUGGAACGUUCUUGCCACUCGAAGACUCGAACUCUUCGAAUUCAAAUGUCAAGGGAAUAUCGAUGCUUGCUCGAGAUCUGCAGUCUAUUGUGUUGUAUGAUCAAGAUGGUAAGUUUGUUGGGGUUCGCCGGCCAAGCUCAAAACUCCCCAUUGAGAUUAAUGGUAAUGAAAUACUCAUUGAAGAUGCUAUUGGCAGUACUGGACUGGAUCUUAAGACUGAUCCAGGCGUUCCCAUUGUGUAUGCUGGAUUUGGUGCGCUCAUGUUAACGACCUGCAUUAGUUAUCUUUCACACUCUCAGAUAUGGGCAUUGCAAGAUGGAAGCACAGUAGUUGUCGGAGGGAAGACAAAUCGAGCAAAGCUUGAAUUCUCUGAAGAGAUGAACCGGUUACUAGAUAAAGUACCAGAGCUGAUCGGUGCCAAUGAGAACGCUGUAGAUAGCAAAUCGACCGCCACAUGAUUUUUUUUUUUUGGUUGAGACUGUUGAAGAUGCAGGUGCUUGGUUCUUGUGAACCAAGGUUUGAAAUCGCAAAACAGCGUCUUCAAGGAUAUAUAAUCAUACUAUCUUUCAGCAGAAGAUACUUCAUGCCGCAAUUGGACUCUUUUUACAAUGUUGAAGCAAUAGAUUGCUUCAUGAGAAGAUCACUAUACAAAGUUCAUGCUGGUAAAGCAUUCAAUUGAUCUUGCAAUGACUGAACUGAUAAUUUGUUUGUAUUACAAGUUACUACAGAACAAAGUGAUAGACUAUAACCUUGGUUCUGUAGCUUAAUUUUUGGGGAGCACUUUUGAGUGAAGUUAUAUAAAGUCAUUCAAAUCACAACAGAUGCUUGAUUGUUAUUGA